UCUCUCACUGCAUUUUCUUUUCCCUCUUCUUUGAGUUCUUGGGUUAUGUAUAAGGAAGUACUGUGAACAUAAAAUCGGCUUUUGUAUAGGUUUAUAAGCUUCAUACAGGGAGAGAGGGAGAUCGAUUUCACCUGAGAAAACUCAAACCAUUUUGUUAAAAUCUGACUGAGGGAAAGGAGUUCUCUGACAUAUCCAACACUACUAUUCUGGCUCUGUAUUUAGAAUCAUGUCUCAGACAAACUGGGAAGCCGACAAAAUGUUGGAUGUAUACAUUUAUGAUUAUCUAGUGAAAAGGAAUUUGCAGGCUUCAGCAAAGGCCUUUCAAGCAGAAGGGAAAGUAUCUUCGGACCCUGUGGCUAUUGAUGCUCCUGGUGGGUUUCUCUUUGAAUGGUGGUCGGUUUUCUGGGAUAUCUUUAUUGCAAGGACUAAUGAGAAGCACUCAGAGGUUGCGGCGUCUUACAUUGAGACUCAAUUAAUCAAAGCACGGGAGCAGCAACAGCAACAACAGCAGCAGCAGCAACCCAAUCAACAGCAGCAACAACAACAGCAACAGCAACAGCAACAGCAACAUCAACAAUUACAGAUGCAGCAGCUCUUAUUGCAGAGACACGCGCAACAGCAACAACAACAGCAACAGCAACAGCAACAGCAACAGCAACAGCAGCAGCAGCAGCAGCAGCAGCAGCGGAGAGAGAGCCCCCACCUUCUAAAUGGCACUCCCAAUGGGCUCGUUGGUAAUGACACUCUUAUGCGACAGAACCCUGGAACUGCAAAUGCCUUAGCCACAAAAAUGUACGAAGAAAGGUUGAAGCUGCCAAUUCAGAGGGAUCCUUUGGAUGAUGCAGCUAUGAAGCAAAGGUUUGGUGACAAUGUGGGCCAGCUUCUGGAUUCAAAUCAUUCCUCAAUGUUGAAGUCUGCUGCAGCUGCUAGCCAGCCAUCUGGGCAAGUGUUGCAUGGUACAGCUGGUGGAAUGUCAGGGACCCUGCAACAAGUUCAAGCUCGCAACCAGCAGCUGCCUGGAUCUACACAGGAGAUAAAGAGUGAGAUGAAUCCAGUAUUGAAUCCCAGAGCUGCAGGUCCUGACGGUUCAUUACUUGGAGUUCCUGGAUCAAAUCAAGGUGGUAACAAUUUGACUUUGAAAGGAUGGCCACUCACUGGGCUUGAGCCGCUUCGUUCUGGGCUUCUUCAGCAGCAGAAAUCUUUUAUACAAUCCCCCCAACCCUUUCAUCAACUUCAGUUAUUGACACCACAGCAGCAACAACAGCUUUUGCUUCAGGCACAGCAAAAUUUGGCAUCACCAUCUGCCAGCGAUGUUGAUAGCAGAAGACUUAGAAUGCUCCUUAACAACAGUCGGAAUAUAGUUCUUGGGAAGGAUGGCCAUUCCAAUUCUGUUGGUGAAAUAGUUCCAAAUGUUGGAUCACCAAUGCAAACUGCAUGCCCAGUUCUGCCACGUGCUGAGACAGAGAUUCUUAUGAAGAAAAUAGCUCAGAUACAACAGCAACAACAGCAGAGUAGCAGUCAACAGCAGCAACAGCUUCAGCAGCAUGCACUUUCAAGUCAGCAAUCUCAAAGUUCAAACCAUCAUCUCCACCAGCAAGACAAAAUGGGUGGUGCUGGCAGUGUCACUGUGGAUGGCAGCUUGUCAAAUUCAUUUCGUGGAGAUCAGGUCUGUCAAUUAGAUGGCUACAUAAAUAUAUCGUUUCUACGCCUUUGGCGUUCCUUUGAUCAUUUCUGUAAGGUUAGAUUUCUAACACAGUUGUUCUUAAUUAAUUUUAAGGCUUCAAAAAAUCAGAGCGGGCGAAAGAGAAAGCAACCUGUAUCAUCUUCUGGGCCUGCCAACAGUACAGGAACUGCAAACACGGCAGGACCUUCCCCAAGUUCUGCACCCUCAACACCAUCGACUCAUACCCCAGGGGACGUGAUCUCAAUGUCUACUUUGCCACACAGUGGAAGUUCCACCAAGCCUUUGAUCAUGUUUGGCUCUGAUGGAACUGGAACUCUAACAUCUCCAUCAACUCAACUGUGGGAUGAUAAAGAUCUUCAAUUGCAGGCUGAUAUGGAUCGAUUUGUGGAGGAUGGUUCUUUAGAUGACAAUGUUGAGUCGUUCCUUUCUCAUGACGAUACGGACCCCAGGGACACAGUUGGACGUGGUAUGGAUGUCAGUAAAGGGUUCACAUUUACAGAAGUUCGCCACAUUCGAGCAAGUACAAGUAAGGUCGUAUGUUGCCACUUUUCAUCUGAUGGAAAACUGCUUGCUAGUGGUGGGCAUGAUAAGAAGGCUAUAUUGUGGUACACGGAUUCUUUAAAGCAAAAGACAACACUGGAAGAACAUUCUUUGCUGAUAACUGAUGUUCGUUUCAGUCCAAGCAUGCCACGUCUUGCUACAUCUUCUUUUGACAAAACUGUCAGGGUUUGGGAUGUUGACAAUCCAGGAUAUUCACUCCGGACCUUCAUGGGACAUUCUGCUUCUGUCAUGUCAUUGGACUUCCACCCAAAUAAAGAGGAUCUUAUCUGCUCGUGCGACGGUGACAGUGAGAUACGAUAUUGGAGUAUCAAAAAUGGUAACUGUGCUAGAGUGUUCAAGGGUGGCACAACCCAGAUGAGGUUUCAACCCCGUGUUGGAAGGUAUCUUGCAGCUGCUGCUGAGAAUGUUGUAUCCAUACUGGAUGUUGAGACUCAAACUUGCCGGCAUUCACUACAGGGACAUACAAAACCUGUUCAUUCUGUGUGCUGGAAUCCUUCUGGUGAGUUUGUGGCAUCUGUGAGUGAGGACUCGGUCAGAGUCUGGAACGAAGGGGAGUGUGUUCACGAGUUGAGCUGUAACGGCAACAAAUUCCAUUCCUGUGUUUUCCAUCCCACUUAUCCUUCUCUGUUGGUGAUUGGCUGUUACCAGUCUCUUGAACUUUGGAACAUGGCCGAGAACAAGACAAUGACUCUGUCUGCUCAUGAAGGUCUGAUUGCUGCCCUUGCAGUGUCGAAUAUGACUGGUUUGGUGGCUUCUGCUAGUCAUGACAAGUUUGUCAAGCUCUGGAAGUGAUUUCUGCUCGAUGCCGUAACUUAAUGCGUAAACUGCUGCUGCUUGUGAAUUUGUAGGUCUUGGCAGGUCUAAUGUUUAGUGUUUGUUUUUGAUUUUCAGUGGGUCUAGCAGGGAAAAGGGUUGCUAGACCUUAUCCGUGCAUCUUGUUUUUAGUCCCACAAACCCUAGCUAACAUCAGAAGAGUGUCACACCAGGUACUAACCAUCUUGAUUUUUCACUUGUAGUUGUAGUAGUGUCGGCCUGUCGUAGUAUUAGCCUGUUAUAUGAUUACGGGAGGGGAUGCAACAAAGUAGAAUUUAUGAAGUCUUCUCUUGUUGACACAUGCAUGUCUUUGGAAAUACUUUUUAAGUUAGUUUUUAUAAUGUAUAUACUCUAUAAAAUUUAUGCGUCAAUUUCAAACCAAA